AUGGCUGUUUAUAGUCUCAUCGGGUUGCCUUUUGCAAUCAAAAUAUUUUACUCAUGCAUCGUUGAUUCGAUUUUUAUCAAAUGGAUCGGUCGUCGAAAAACUUGGAUAAUCUUCUCCCAAACUGGCAUUGCUUGUAUUUUGUUCAUCAUGGGCGCAUACAUUGAAAGAUGGCUUGCAAACGCCGAAGUUUACCCAAUUACCUUUCUCAUGUUUUUUCUAUUUCUUUCCAUUUCUCUUCAAGAUGUGGCAACAGACGGCUGGAUCAUCACAAAGCUUCCAGUGCAUCUCAAAGGACUAACUGGCCCAAUUCAAUCUUUUGGCAUCCAAAUUGGUGUGCUAGUUGGUUUUUCUGGCUUGACAAAAGUCGAGGAAUACUUGAGCUUGGCAGAUUUUUGCACUUAUUUUGCCCUUGUCAUGGCUUUUUCGACCUGUUUAAUCGCCAUUUUCGCCGCUGAAGAACAUGAGGCACAAGAGACUCCCUCACUUGGGCAAACCUACAAACAGAUGGCGAUGAUAUCCUUUGUCUCUCCUGUUGCUUGGUUGAUGCUUAAUCUGCUCAUCUUCAAUUGCAUCAAAGCUUGUACGAAUCAUGGCGGGAUUUUUGCACUCAAACUGACGGAUAGGGGUUUCAAACAAGAAUGGAUAGCAGAAGCAGAAUUCAUCCUGAUGCCAAUGUCAAUGGCAUUUGUUUGGAUCAUCGCACCAUUUGUCCGAAGAAAACCGAUUCUUUUCCUCUUCCCGAUCGCGAUUGCUACUACUAUUGUGAACAUCGCCUCUGGUUUCAUUUUGUAUUACUACGACGACUUGGUUGACAGUAUUAAGCUGAUCUACUUCGUUACAAUGGGGAUUGAUCAUUUAUUUACCGCGGCGUUUUAUGUCUCGAUGGGGUCGUUUUUCGCGCUGAUUGGGGAUGAAAGAAUUGGUGGAACGUACCUUUCCUUUUUGUGGUCUAUCAAUAACUUCAGUGGUAAAAUUUGGGAUGGAUGGAUCACCUUCUUCACCGGAGCAAUGGAGAGUUUUCCGAUGUUUGAGACAAAAAGUAAUUCUUCAGAGCUUUCCUUCGAGUCUCACGAGAUCGAGCCAUAUCACGUGACUUUGAUAUUCCCACUUGUAGCGGCGCUCGUAUGGUUUUUAACUCAAAGUAAAAUUGUUCUGCGACUGCACAAGCUAUCGUCUGACAAAUCAGCGUGGCUAGUGAGCCCAGAAAACGUACCAAACUGCUUGAAAUCCUGCAUUUCAAACAAUCAAACUGCCGAUAAAGAUGAUCUUCUGGAAGAUAAAAGUCUUGCCAAGAGUCUUGACAACUGA